UCCUUGUAUCGAACGGGGGCCUGGAUACUACCAACUUUCUUAUUUAGGCCCUGCAGUGGGAAGUUCCAGGAAAGUACUGAAGGCUGCUCUCUUUGCAUUGGAAUACAGAACAUAUUAACAAUACUCACACCAAAAAGAUGUCUGAGGGCUUCAAAUUAAAGGCAAUAUUUGCGAGUGCUCCAAAAACAACAAGAGGGAAGCCUGUUGUCAUCAAAGCUGAUGCCAAGGGCAAGAGGUUGCUCUAUACCAAUGGAACAACAGUUUUCAUCAGAAAUCUAGAUAACCCAUCUGAAUGUGACACCUAUGCAGAACACUCUAAAGAGGCAUCUGUGGCAGCCUAUGCACCAACUGGAAAUUAUAUUGCUUCUGGAGAUUUUGGUGGAAAGAUUAGAAUUUGGGAUGCUCUUGGCUCGGAGCAUAUCUUGAAGUAUGAAUACACCGUUCUUGGAGGAGCAAUCAAAGACAUUGCUUGGACUGAAGACAGUAAAAGAAUAGUCGUUGGUGGCGAGGGAAGAGAAAAAUUUGCACAUGCCUUUAUGUGGGACACCGGUACAUCAGUAGGAACCUUAACAGGAAUGUCAAAAUCUGUCAACAAUAUUGAUGUAAAGCAAACUAGGCCAUAUCGUUGCGUAACGGCAAGUGAAGACUAUUCUGUCUGCUACUUUGAAGGGCCACCAUUCAAGUACAAGGAUUCCAAAAAGGAGCAUUCCAAUUUUGUCAACUGUGUGCGCUAUGCACCCGAUGGCUCUGUUUUUGCUUCAGCUGGAGCAGAUGGCAAAUGCUUUGUGUAUGACGGAAAGACGGGUCAAUUCGUCGGGCAAAUGAAUGAUUCAGAAGGAAGAGUCCAUAAAGGUGGCGUUUAUAGUAUGGCAUUCAGCCCUGACAGCAAACAAUUGCUUACAGUCUCUGCUGACAAAACUGCCAAAAUCUGGAACGUUCAAAAGAGACUACUUGAUGUGGAGUUCAAUUUCCCAGACAAGUUAGAUCAUCAGCAACUUGGUUGCGUCUGGGCUGGUGACCAUAUAAUAACUGUCUCACUGAAUGGAAAUAUCAAUUACUUGAACAAGGACAACCCAUCAGCUCCAUCCAAAGUCGUACAGGGGCACAACAAGGCUAUCAUGUCAAUUGCAGUUUCAGAGGACGGUGAAUCGAUUUUCUCUGCAAGCUACGAGGGUUUCAUAUUUCACUGGGACGCGAGGACUGGGGCUGGCACAAAGAUUAGCGGCAAACCACACACAAAUCAAGUCAACUCAAUGGGCAUUAGUGGAAAUUACCUGAUAUCCUGUGGAAUGGACGACACUGUCAGAUUUGUCAAUGUUCCUGGCAAAGAAUUUCUGGAUGAAUCCAUCGGAAUGGACUCACAGCCAAAGGCUUUAUCUGUUGGAAAGGAUGGAUUAGUGGUUGUCGCUUGCAUCAAGGAGAUUGUUAUCAUUCGCAACCACAGAAUCGUGCAUAAAGAAUCGGUUGACUAUGAGCCUAGUGCCAUAGCGCUCUCCCCAAGCAAUACAGUAGUUGCUGUUGGCUCUUCAGGACCGAACCCGCUUAUCUCUUACGAUCUUGAACACGAUGUAUUGAAAAACAAAAAAGAUAACGGUGGGAACGGGCAGAUUACCAGUUUACGAUUCUCGAAGGAUGGUACCUAUUUAGCUUCGACUGAUGCUUUGAAAAGUGUACGGCUGUUCAAGCCUCAUUCACAAGGUGGUUUUAGGGAAGUGAACUGCUGGGGUUACCAUGCCGCUAGAGUGAACAAUGCUGCAUUCAGUCCCAAUGGGCGCUUGCUAGCUACCUGCAGUGUUGAUUCCUAUGUCAACGUAUGGGAUAUAGAGAAAGGAUACAUCAUCCACAAAAUGAAAGCUAUUCAUGGAUUGGCUGUCAACAUCACAUGUGUAGGCUGGCUCAAUAACAAUACUCUGGUAACCGCUGGUCAACAGGAUUGCUCUAUCAAGCUCUGGGACAUCCCAAUGUAAAUUUCUUCUCAAAAUUCGGCAACAUUUAAUUGCCACUUUUUACCGUAAAUAGUUUUUGUGUUAAUGUGAUAGUGUAUUGUUUCAAACUGAUUUUUGUACGUUUUGGCAAAACAUUCCCAAUUUUCUACUUGCAAAGUGUUCACUAUACUGUAUCAUUUCAAAUUCCGUUCCAGCAAAUAAGAUAAAGACUGAAUAUUCCUAGUUUUAAUUCUGUCUGCAAAAUAAACUAUUAAUCCUGUAAACAGACCUUUUAAUCUAAAGAAUGGUGAGAUAUAAGAAAGAAAGCAGUUAUAAUGGAAGUUUAUCUACGUUUUUGCAUAAAUUCACCAUUUCCCUAUAAUCUUCCAACCACCGGUGUCCUAUGUCACAGUUACUCCCGAUACAAGGUUUUCCCUCAUUGGGCUAGUUAGCUAUUAGUUAAAAAUGUAAUUGAAAUCCAUUCUUAAAAUUAUUCAUUUUUCCUCUACAUCGAGAGAUUGCUCUACACAUCUUUGUAGAUUUAUGUUGUCUCCCCCUUAGCAGCCCUAGCGAUCAAGCAAUGUGCCUCCAUCGAAUACAAGUGCCAAUCUUUCCACGUGCAAAUAUUAACAUGAUCACUUUCAGUUACCCUUGUUCGUAUAUAUGUGCAAUGUUGAGAACGCCGUUAUUUUAGACAUGGUUAAGAGCUAUCGUUUUCAAUAGCAAACUAGACCAGCACAAUAGCUAGAGCACUGCUUUUAUUAACAUUCCUUUGAUGGUUAUAAAAUAUCGAGGACUGAUUCACUUGAAAUCUUCAAAUUAAUUAUGCAGUUUUGAGAUGAAGUUCCGAGCAUUCCAUUUAUCUUGUCUUUCCGGUUUCUGGCCACGGGAAUAGCUUCGUAAAUGAAUUUUUCGAUUUGUAUUUAAUUGAUACUCUAGCAGAGA